GGUCGGUUCCGCUGAGUGACACCGCGUCAUCACCGAUCUCUACCAUGUUCACUACUCAGUGAUCGUCUGUGGCUGCUGCUACUGUCCCGUCCCGGACAUACACACCAGUGUCAUCCUAAAUAUGGCAUAUGCCUGAUUCAUCUCUGCUGUACGGUGGCCUGGUACUCAUGCCAGGCGCUAAAGGCAGGAAACAUGCAGCAGAAGCGCAACAUUCAGAUCAUAGAAUGGGAGGACUUGGACAAGCGCAAGUUCUACUCCUUUGGGGUCUUCAUGACCAUGGCCAUCCGCGCCACGGUCUACCCGGCCACUCUGAUCCGCACCAGGCUGCAGGUUCAGAAGGGGAAGUCUCUCUACACUGGGACCUACGAUGCCUUCCGAAAGAUUCUGAGAGCUGAGGGUCUGAGGGGACUGUACAGGGGCUUUAUGGUGACCACGUUCACGCUCAUAUCAGGGCAGGCCUACAUAACCACGUACGAACUGGUAAGGAAAUAUGUCUCCAACUAUUCUAAAGACAAUACGCUGAAAUCACUGGUGGCGGGAGGCUCGGCGUCGCUGGUGGCCCAGAGCAUUACGGUUCCCAUAGACGUCGUGUCGCAGCAGCUCAUGAUGCAAGGCCAUGGGGAGCAUCUGACACGCUUUAAAGUAAAACCCAAAACGGGAGCAAAGCACUCGGUAUUUUUCGGCCAGACAAGAGACAUUAUCGGGCAGAUAUUUGCUGCCGAUGGCAUCCGUGGCUUCUAUCGAGGAUACGUGGCGUCUCUCCUCACAUACAUCCCCAACAGCGCUGUUUGGUGGCCGUUUUACCACUUCUAUGCAGAACAGUUGUCUAAGAUGGCUCCCAGUGACUGCCCUCAUCUAGUGCUGCAGGCAGUAGCUGGACCUCUAGCAGCUGCCACUGCCUCCACUGUCACCAAUCCCAUGGAUGUCAUCAGGGCCCGGGUUCAGGUGGAGGGCAGGACAUCGGUCAUCGAGACCUUUAACCAGCUGAUCAGAGAGGAAGGAUUCUGGGGGAUGACCAAAGGCCUCUCUGCUCGCAUCAUAUCCUCAGCGCCCACAGCAAUAGUCAUGGUGGUCGGUUAUGAAACUCUCAAAAAGCUCAGCUUGCGUCCAGAGCUGGUUGACUCCCGACACUGGUAAAAAGAGGUUACAGUGUCUGUCAUCUCCCCUCCGUUUCCUUCACUCCACCUUAUUUUCCAUUUUUGCCUUUUAAAUCUCCUGCCUUUGUGACGCUUCAGUGCUGACUGCUUUCGGGUGAUUCUCAAAUAUAGUUUUUAAAUGGCUGACAGCGGCACUGAAAUCGAGCUCUGAGGUACUAUGUGUCCGUGGUGGGAAAUGCUGCUCAGGUUUGUAGUCGUUUAAUGAGAGGCACAAGGUUUUCUUGAAUGAAAUGCUAAGAAGUAUGUGUGAUCUAACCGAUUGAAUGUUUUAGAAAAAAAAAAAUGUGUUUUGUGACUUUAAUUUAUUGCUUGUUGUAUAAAUGGCGUUUUAAAUGUCUUCAUUCAUUGAUUUUCUCUAGAGUAUAAACAAUAUUUCCUUACACACAAUAUAUUUUUAUUUAGAUAAAUCGCUUUAUUCAACGGUCCCCACAAUGGCAUUUUAGCAGUAGUAUAGUUUAUAUUGUACUUUUAAGUCUUUCAUGCGUACCGUGUUCACCUCCGAAUGUUUUUUUGUUCUUUUUUGAGGUGUUGGGAUGUUUUAAGAUGCCAAAUGUGAGGGAAUAUUCAAGGUAAACAUGUCGAAAAGUUGUUCCUGACAAUUGUAAACUGAUUGUAAAUAUAUCGAGUUCUAUA